AUGUUGGGAAUACCCAAUCUGGCAGCUUGUUUAGCUACAAUGACAGUCCUUCAGAGCAUUUGGGUUGGAAUAAAGCGUGGGACAUUGCUUGCAACUGGCUUGCGAGCAUAUGCAGCAGAUCCUGACCUUCAACAAGAAUGGAUGAUGGUUAAGAAGGUUAACGAAAUAAGGCUCGCUGAGUACAUUGAAGCAAUGAGUGGUGUGAAGGUUAGUUUAGAUGCAAUGUUUGAUGUGCAGACAGAGCGAAUACACGAGUACAAAAGGCAGCUGCUUAAUAUAAUUGGCAUUAUCCAUCGACAUGACUGUAUCGAGAACUACUUUAUACAAUGGUGGGGCUAUGCAAAGUGCCUACCCUGCCCAAAGAACUACCUUAUACCUUAUAUUUUUGUAACUUAUUAA